AUGAUGCGCCGCCUCUUCCUCCUCGCGCUCCUUGCGCUCUUCGCCGUCUUAGCAGCCGCCCAGGAUUCCAGCAGCAGCAGCAGCAAUUACAUCGUGGAUCCGGCCACCCAAGCAACCGACUCUUCGUCGUCUUCAUCCAGCAGCGAUGAUGAUAGCGGUUCCAGCGCCGCCGACAGCGCCGCCGGCGCCGAAGGCCCGGAUUCAGGAUCGUUCAAGCUCUCCAAAGGCGGCAUGAUUGCUAUAAUCAUCGUCGUGGUUGUUGUCGCUGUUGGUGGAAUCAUCUCCACCGCCCUCUUCUUCAUCGCCAAGAAGCGCCAAUGGGAAGUCCGCAAGUCGCUGAAGCGCGUCUCUCGCCGCCUGACGGGGCGCAGCACCGCUCCCGCCGCUAAGGAGAACCGGCGGACGGCGGUGCGCGUGCAGUCGCCGCCGGGGGCCAAGAACCGCGACCUCGAGAAGGGCGAAGGCGGUCGCAGUGGCAAGCCGUCUGUCGGGAGAAACGGGAAGCCGACCAUGAGCGCCUUCUCGGUCGAGACGCCGGUUGUCAAGAGCUGGAAGGACAAGGUGUUUGGUUACAAGGGAUGA